AUGCCAGACUUGUCCGACCAGUCGUACGUGGCUCCGCCGAGCCACCCGGCUGUCCAGGCGAUCUCUCAGCCAGCGGCGAACGGAAGCACCCAAGUCAACGGGAACGCUCAAGGCAACGGCAAUGCUCGUAUUCUACGUGAAGACCCUCACGGGACAACCGUCAUAAAGGUCGACAAGGUCGACACGCACCCGAGAGACCAUGCGAAGGAGCCCUCGACGUCCGACAAACCUCUGCCGCCCCAACCCCCCCAGAAGCCGACAGAAACUACCGACCAGCCUUCCACCGUCCCAACGCAGCCCUCGUCCCAGUCCAAUGAGCCGACGGUGAUUGAUACGACGCAGCCCCCGCCAUAUUCGGCUGCUGCAGAAGGAGUGCAAUCGUCGAGGCCGGACGACGCAUUUCCACCGGAGAAUCCGCGUGCGCGAAAGGUGCUGAACGGGAAAGUG